AUGGAUAACGACAAUAACAAAGACAAUUUACCUUAUUGGGGACGUGUUACCGCAACAUUAGACUGGUGUGAAGAAAAUUAUAACGUACAUGAAUACAUAGCAGAAUUCAUCAACACUACAACAAAUUUUAUUUUUGCAUACCUAUACAACCAAAAUCCAGUAUUUCAUCAAGUCUCAUACGCAGCCAUGGUGUCAAUUCUAAACUUCAGAUCUUACUACAUGCUCUCUUUGGUCAAGGAACGCGAGACCCAGAACCUGUUGAAAUGGUUAUUGUUUGGUUCUUGGAUCAUAUUUGGUUGGGGAUUCUUGGUUUGGAAUAUUGAUAAUGUGGCAUGUCAUCAAUUGCGCACGAUACGUAGAAAUCUUGAAUGGCCCGUUGUCGGUCAUUUAUUAGAGUUGCAUGGAUGGUGGCAUGUCGGUACCGCGAUAGGUACUUAUUAUUGGAUCGUGUUCAAUCAAUACAUUAGAUUGAUUUCGUUGAAUAAAGAUGAUAAUUACAAUGUUGUAUGGGAUCUCGGAUUUUUGCCCCGUGUUGCUGAAAUUAAAAAAAUAACUGCCCUCAACAAAAAACAACAAUAA